CAAAAAUGAUGAUUACAAUGUUUGAUAUAGUUUUAAAUUUUUUCGGAUUUAUAUUGAAUACUUUUUUUCGUGAAAUCAAAUCACGAGGUUCACAUAAUAUUCCAAAAGAAGGGCCUGUUAUUUUUAUCGGUGCACCCCACGCAAAUGCAUUUGUUGAUGGUUUGCUCUUGAUGAAAUAUAGCAAACGACAAGUUUUUUUAAUGAUUGCACAAAAUGCUAUUAACUAUGGGCAUUAUGUCGACAUUUUAGCUCGUGCGAUUCGUGCAAUCAUAUUAAAGAGGCCAAAAGAUUUGGCUGAAUCAGGGAAAGGAAAAAUCUUUUUAGAUGAAAGUAAAGCGGAUUCUCUUCGUAUAAAUGGCAUUAAUACAGAGUUUACAAACCAAUUAAAAGUUGGGUAUCAAAUUUCUUUACCGAGAGAAUAUGGGUCAUCUGAAAUAACUGAAAUAAUAUCAGACACAGAACUUGUUAUUAAAAAAGAAUUUAAAGAACCAAAAGCUUUAGAAGUUUUGACGCAACCUGGUGGAACACCUUAUACAUGCAUGCCAUAUGUUGAUCAAAGCAAUCUUUAUGAAACAGUGCUUGAGAUGUUGAAUGCUGGAAAAUGUAUUGGUGUAUUCCCGGAAGGAAGAAGCCAUGAUCGAUCUGAACUUAUACCUUUGAAAGGUUAUUACAGCAUUUCCAAACUACGCUUAUUUAAGUUAUUGAUGCAUUUUAUUGAUAGAUAUUUGUUAUUGUUAGUUGGAAUAGCUUUUAUGGCUUUAGGUGCUAUGGCGGCAAAUCUUGGAUUGGACAUUAAAAUUGUGCCCUGCGGUUUGAACUAUUUCCAAGCACAUAAAUUUCGUUCACGAGCUGUUAUCGAAUUUGGUUCACCCAUUUCAAUCCCAUCUGAAUUAGUUGAAAAAUAUAAUAUGAAUGGUUCUGACAGAAGAGAAGCAUGUAAUAAAUUAAUGGAAAUUAUUUACGAAAGAUUGAAAUUGAUAGCAGUCAUUGCACCAGAUUAUGAGACAUUAUCUGUUAUUCGGGCGGUUCGUCGUUUAUGUAGACCAGAAAAUCGCAAGCUUGAAAUUGAUGAAAUGAUAGAUUUAGAUAGAAGAUUAAUUAAUGGUUACAUGAAAUUCAAAAAUGAUUCAAAUGUCCAAGGAAUAUAUAAAAAAGUGAAAGAAUAUGAUCAAUUAUUGAAGUAUAAUAGAUUAAAAGAUUAUCAAGUUCAUAAAACUACUACAUCUACCCUUACAGCGGCCCUCAAAGGGUCAUAUAUUAUGAUUAGUGGGCGUCAUGUAAUAGCGACAUGGAAAAUCCUUGUUUCUUUUAAAGUCAUACCAAUUUCAUAUGGAAUAUAUACUCUAAUAUCAUUAUCUUUAGCCUACAAAUACAAUUGGGGAUUUAUAAUGAACUUUGGCUUAUUUUCACCAAUCAUCAUUCUCAUAAUGUUGUUUAUGAAUAGUUAUGUAACAAUUCGAUUGUUUGACAUUGGGACUGACUUGUACAGAUCCCUUUAUUCACUUAUUUUAACACUCUCACAAUCCACGAUCAAAGAUUUGCGAAAAAUUCGAAACGAACUUUCAUAUGAAAUAAUUGAAAUAAUUAAUGAGAUUGGUCCAAAAAUAUAUCCAGAUUUUGACAACGAAUGUAUUAUUCAACAAUUAAAAGAGAUUAAAUCAAAA